AUGCUCUUCAUCCUUUUAGGUGUCAAAAUCGGCAGCAGAACCUCUUAUUCAUGCAGGAUAAUGCCCCGAUUCAUUUCGCCAAAACUUUUCAGUGCCGCUCUCGAGAAUAUCAUGCGUCAGUUGGAAUGGGAAGACUUGGAAGUGAAGGUCGACGGCCGCUCUCUACAUCACCUCCGCUUUGCAAACGGCAUCGUGCUUAUAACACCGAACAUCGAGCAGGCGGAACGAAUGCUGGCCGAGUCUGACAAUGCUUGCGGAAAGAUCGGCUUGAGACUGAACUAA